GAAAAUAAUAUUAAUAUUAAUAUCCUCUUUUUUUCUCUUAUCAUAUUAUUCUUCUAUUGCUCCAAACAAAAAGAAAAAAAUGCAGUCAAUGUUGAACCUGCGUGCUAUUCAUGGUGUUCCUCUAUGCCUUUCAGGGAUCACAAACCCUCUUUCCCUUUCCAAAGAGAUGGCAGAUCAUGAACGGAGAAGGAAGGCCAUGAAGAAGCAAAGAUCAUCAUCAUCAAUGGCCAGAGAAAGUGUUGUUGUGCAUGCAAAUCAAGAACAAAUGGUGGGUACCCUUUGGAAUUUUGAGAGGAAUUCUUCUUCUUCUUCAUCAAUCAAAGGUGAGGGUGAUAAUCAUAAGAACAAUAAUAGAGAUCUGGAUGAUGACGUCAUGCAUGAUCAUGAUGACGAUGAUGAUCUUUCACAUAAUACUAGCUGUUGUUGCUACCUUGGUUCAACAGCAAAAGCUGCAUAGCCUUAAUUCAUUUCUUAAUUAGCUUAAUUCACACCAGCUAGAAUCUCUUCUAUUUAGUUGUUUUUUUCUCACUCUCUUUUUCUAUUAUAUUAUUGUUUUUUUUAAUUUGUCAUUUGUUUUUAAUUAUGUGGAAUUAGAAGUUGUGGACCGCUUCUUAUUUUAUUUCUGCUCAUUUGAAGAAUUUAUUUUAAGUGUUAUAGUAAGUAAUUAGUGAAUUAAUGUGAGGCACUUCAACUGUUAUCUUUACA